AUGUAUCAUGGUAGAUGCUUAAAAGCGCUGAAGAAGGAUAUGGAUUCGACACACAAGGCGUACAAGUCGUUUGUCAAGUCCGCCGAAUAUUGCUAUUUGUACACCAUUGUUGUCCGUAACAAAGUGACAAACAAGGGUGUCCCUGUUUGCUAUUUCAUCACUAACAGAGAAGUAACACUUGCUCUGGUCAAGGAAAAUGCCAACGUCAAUCUCCAAAGAAUCAUGAUUGACUGUAGUGCAACCGAAAUCGAGGCUUUGAGACAGACGUUUUCUGGCCAGGUAAAAGUUGUAGGCGCUACUCACGAAUUUGUUCGGGCUAGAGAUAGCAUUCGAAUUGCUACCCAUAAGGUCUUGGAUUUCAAGGCAUUCUUUGAAGCUAGCUUCUCUGUCUUCGUUACCUAUUUCGAGAAGAUGUGGUUAGGAAGAAAGGGUCUUUGGGCUAAAGCAUGGAGAUCUGAUGCUUCUUUUCAUACUAAUAAUAUGAUAGAAUCUUAUCAUAAUCAGCUGAAAUCGUUUUACUUGAUCAGAUCACCGAACAAGUGUGUUGGCCGCGUGGUUUACACUUUGGUAAACGUUGUCCUUUGUGAUUACAGAAUAGAGCAUGUUCAAGUUAAAUUUGGUUUAAAAGUCAUGCCUUUGACAACGGAGCAAUCAAAAAGAGAGAAAAAAGCUGAUGAAAUCGAGUUGAAUGUUGCUCAGGUUAUGGUUACUAUGUCUCUUGCAAAUGACCAAGUUACCUUUUUUCGCCACUCGUUUACUGAGGAAGAUGUAGAAUACAAGGUGAAUUUGGACCGCUCUCAGGAGUUCAAUGUAGGAUGCAGCUGCCUUCACAUGCCCUACUUGUGCAAGCACAUAUUUCUUGUUUCCCGUAUGCAAGCUAUCUCGUACAGUGGCAAAUCUGUCUUCUCACGUAGACCAGCGGAGGAUGUAGACGGUCUUGGUGAUGAAGCAGUUGAUAUCAUCGAGAAUAAAGGAGGUUAUCAAGCCAUUUUGCGUGAGCAGCAAGAGCAACAAUAA